CGUCAGACAAGAUGGCGACCAUGUGGAAAGUUGUGGGCCGCUCGGGUAAACAAUUGAGUCAAAAAUCGUCGGGCUUGCUUGGAACCCAAAGCAAGGCAUGUCAGAAUGUCCUUCCCACCUCACACUGUCUUUCCCACGAACAAACUUCAUCACAUCAAGUAGUGGUAUCCCAGUCCCGACAUUACUCAGAUGGCAGGAAAGGCUUCUUCAAAUCUAUAUAUGACAACGUCAAAGAGGGCUUAGAAAAGGAUACAAGUCUUAACGAGAACUUAAAGAAGUUCAGGGAUGAAAAGAAGAAGCUAGAGACAUCAGAUGCCAUCAAGGAAGCAAGGAAAAAGUUUGAAAAAAUUGAGGCAGAGACAUCUAAAGGUUCAGACACAUUGAAGAAAGGAUUUGAGGAUGUGAAAGAAAAACUGUCAGAGACGUAUGAGGAGGUGUCCAAGUCCGAGUAUAUGAAGAAGGGCAAGGAGAUCACAAGUGAGUUCACAAAGACAGCAGGCAAGGCGGGGGAGGUGUUACGGGAACAUGGCAAGAGAAUAGGGGACAGUACACCACUCAAAACUAUGUCACAGGGUGUGAAAGUGGUUAGAGAUGAGAUAGAUGACACUUUACCCAAGAGCGAUCGGCCAUACAGGGCACCAGACAAGUUAUGGAUGAGAACGGAAAAGGUUGAUGGUGAUACUGCCAAGAUUUAUGAACCAGACAAUGAGACAAUUGGGAUUGCACUACACAAAGACUCCAGGUGGAAAAAUAGCUGGACGUCUUUUAAAGAAAAUAAUGAAAUUGUAAAUAAAAUCUUUGACCUAAAAACCAAGUAUGAUGAAAGCGACAAUGUUGUUGUAAGAGGUACCAAAUUCUUCACAGAGAAAAUCACCAGUGUGUUUGGUGGUAUGUUUUCAAGUACAGAAAUGUCAGAAGUAUUAACAGAAAUCAACAAAAUGGAUCCAACUUUUGAUAAAGACGAGUUUGUUCAAUGGUGCCAGUACUUUGUGAUACCAAAUCUUUUAGAGUCAUUGUGUCGAGGUGAAGAAGAAAUUUUAAAAGACUGGUGUUAUGAAGCACCAUAUAAUGUGUUGGUUCAUCCAAUAACACAGGCAAAGGCUCAGGGUCUCAAGUUAGACAGCCAUAUUCUCGACAUCAGUGGGGUUGAUGUUGCUGCAGGGAAGAUAAUGGAGCAAGGCCCAGUGCUAGUCAUCACAUUCAUCGCUCAGCAAAUCAUUGUAGUCAGAGAUUCCAAAGGAAAGGUGGUCGAGGGUGACCCUAACAAAGUUAUGCGGACAAACUACGUAUGGGCAUUAUGUCGAGAUCCUGAGGAGUUGAAUCCUCGGGCAGCAUGGCGACUACUGGAUAUCUCAGCCAGUUCACAAGAGCAGUUCUUCUAAAACACAGCGGCUCAUCAUGUGUGGUGUAGUCAUGUAGAAUGCUAUCUGAAGCAAGUGGACCAGCUUCAAGCAUGCUCUUGUGUGACAUGCGAGUUGGGA